GCAGCAAGCUGCAAUUUUUUAAUUUCUUCCACAUUAUCUCGAUACUUUGCAUUUUGUGAAUUCUACCCACAGACAGAUAGGCUAAACGAAUGCAGAUUAGGUGUUAUCUUCUGGAGAAUGCGCCAUUAUCCCGAAAUCGGUUAGCAAGUCCAUCGGCCGCGCUGUAAUGGCUACGACAGCAUCCACCGAAGCAACGACGGCCAGCACGCUGGUGCUGAGCACGAUCUCCUCCGCUCUCUCGUCCACUACCAGCGACCAAAUGGACGGGAACACGACGGCCAGUGUUUUCGAGAAUCCCUUCGAGAACAUGCCCAUUGAUUCCAAUUUCGCAUGGCUGCUGUGUGCGCUGAGUAUCGUGUUCAUCUGGAUGAUCUACGGCUCGUGCUUUCAUUCGCGCGUGGUGGGCGCUGUGAUUGGGUUUAUUCUGAAUCAGUAUUUGAAGCGCAGAGGCCUUGGCGAAUUGAGUAUUGGUUCAUUGAAAGUGGGAGUGGUUUCCGGCAGAUUGGCCUUCAGGAAUGUGCGGUAUAUUAAUGAGGAUUUCAGCAUUUUGGUGUAUGAUGGAUACAUUUGGUUCCGCUACUGGAUGCCAUAUAAAGUUAAACAACUGCCUGAAUUUAGGAUGGAUUCCCAUCGGUUGUUCAUACAUUUGUAUGGCUUGGAAGUGUAUUAUUACAAUCGCACUGAGCCGGUGGCGGAGAUCAUCCAGAUACGCAAAGAAUACGAAAGGGAACUCUACGAACGAUACUACGGGCAUGCAAUGCCGGAGAAUGUGGCAGAAAAAACCAAGUGUGAAGCACCAAAAGUAUCCAACGCUGAGAAGAUUAACGGCUGGGCUAAUCUGCGAAACCUUUUCGCCGUUGUGGAUAUUAAGUUGAACAUGUUUCGCGUUGUUUUGGGAAAUUUUCGUUCUGCGUACUCCUUGGUGGUUGGCGGAUCGUCAGCUUCCCUCUGCAUGACGUAUGAAGCAGCUACCCUGGAAAUUGAUCCUUUUGCUACUGUGAUAACCGGAAGUAUGAAGAAUGUGGAAGCGGCUUUUCAGAGUAAUCCCGAUUAUCCUGGUGAAGUGCCUACAUGCCCGUACGACCGGUCAGAUCGAAAAGGAAAAUUGAAGUUUUUCUCGACAGAAGCCGUACAGAUUAACCGGUAUCAUGUGGAUAAUCCCACAGACAUUAUUACCGUAUUGCUUGAAAACCGACCGGAUAUGUCCGAGCAGCUGAUGAAGUGGUCCACUGAAUUGACUCUUGUUGGGCGAACCGAUAUCGUGUAUGGCGGUUGGAUCGAUGCGAGGAGAGCGGAAAUGCAUCGGGCUCUGUUCCCGCCGAUUCGCUCGGAACUUCCGGUGACCAACACGGUUGCUAAACGCACAUACAAAGGAUUCGAUCUGCAGAUCGUCACGAAAGCCAGUGUUUAUUGCACAUUGUACCUCGUCAAUGACCAGGACCAGGUGCAAAAGUUCAUUGUUAGCUGUGAUCCCGGAACGGAAUUCCAGUUUACCAUUCCCUAUGUGUACCGUGAAGAUGGCUUCGAGACGCAUGUUAACUUGCGCGCCAAACAUCUGCGUGGAGUGACGUCACUGACUGCCAAAAAUCUCCUGGAAGCUGAUGAAAUGAACAUGAAUAUGGUGCUGCGGUAUUCUCGCGUGCAUCAUGGGCCACAGUACUGGAACUUGGAUUUUGCUUGGACGAACGCCUCGGUGUUUUUUCUAUACGAGCAUAAACACAUGAUCAACGGCGUAAUUCACGAUUGGACUUCCGGAUCGGACCGACCGGAUUUGCUCAAAUUCAUCCCAUUCUACGUGACCAUCAAUAUGAAUUUCAACGGAUUCGAUCUCAUCACGUAUACCAACCAGUUCAACUGGAUUGACUGUACGAAAACCGGUCUGGAAAACUACUACACCGUAUUUGGUGGACCGCAGCUGAAUCUAGCCUUUACUCUGAAUAUGUUGGAGUUUAUGGUGGCCUUAUCAGAAUUUCCUUUCAAAUUAUCCGCAUCCCAUGUGGAUGUGCGCCUAUUCUUUCCGGAAUGUCAUACGCAGUAUUAUACCAUAACGUCUUUGUACCAGAAAGCAAAUGUGGAGACGUUAUCGGGAGAGAAGAUGUCGGGGAAAGCGGAAAUACCCAGAGCCUUUCGGGAGGUGAUGCUGCCGGGGACUGCUUGGUGUCACACGUGGAGCGUGGAGGAUUUCAGUCUGGGACUGAAUUACUGUUUUCAUAAUACUCCCUAUGCCGCUCCUGCAGAAGUUUCACGUGAGCCAAGAAAAGACGAUAAAGAGCCGGAUGUGAUGGAACUGGAAAUGUCGAUCGGAUCUUGCCAAAUGCUGGUGACCGGUUCGUUCAUUAAGUGCCUGUACAACGCCAAAGAGAAUUAUUUCGGUGCAUCCCAAGAACCGAACUCCAUGGAGACCAGCGUCACACACCGCCUGGAAGCCUUACUCCGGAAAUCCGUAGCCAUCUUCCAAAACAACCUUCCGACGGAACGCUCCCGUCCUUUGGAUGUUAACGUCGUCGGCAACUUCAACGAUACUACCGCGCAUCUGCUGAUUCCUUCGGAAGGUGCCGACCCGCCGUGUCCGCGUGUGUUCGCCAAGAAAGUCAGUCUGGAAGUGCUGAAGCAGUACGAGGAGACCACGUUGCAAGUGGUGGUGCAUCCCGUCGUCAUGGACAUUGCCGACUGGCAGCCGCCGGAUGCAUACGCCGAUCCCAUGCGCAGUGGACAGGCUUUGGUGUCUUUCGUUCAGGUUCGCGGACACGCCAUGUUUUCUGAUUACGGAGUGCCUCCGGUUGAAGAAACUUGUGAAUAUGCGUGGUUGUUGGAUAUUCAAGUUGGAGAUGCUGUCAUCCGAGCAUCACUGCCACAGCUGGUUGUUAUUUCCAAGUGCCUGGAAGCGUUAGCAUUGACUGUUGAUGACACGGAGGACGAUUAUCAAAAUCCGGAAGUUCUCCAUACUUGUAUUCAUGGGCUGAUGCAGCCACUGUGUCCUCAGUCCAAUACGUCCACUUUAUGCCCACAAUUCGAGGAGAUCAAGUACAGGAUGACUAGAUUCUCCAUCGACUCUUUCCAGUUGUAUCUCGUGGACAAUGACUCGUUUGUUCUUCUUCAGGUGGAGCCGGUAUGGUUAUCGACGUGCAAUCUCCGUUCUCCAGAGCACGAAGGCGGUCUAUCUGUGAUCGUUCCCAGUAUUGCCGUUCGACAAUUCAUCUGGUCACACGUUACACCACUCGCUGAUCAGGAUGUCUGGAUGGAAGCGACUAGUGUCAAACUCGGUGUCCUGCAGAUUGAUCUUGCAUCCCAAUUAGCCGACAGCUCCAACAACGAGCGCCAGAUACAAUUUCUUCGCGAACACGACAGUAAUUCCCAUCGCCUGAAUUUCCUGUGGGAUGCACCGGCCGGAAAACCCACACGCUGCGCAUGCGUCGGUGGAUCGGAAUUUUUCGGGCGGGAUUUCACCGCAGCGACGUGGAAAGGUCUGAUCGCGGUCGUCGACAUGACCAGUUUCGCCAAUGAGCCCGGAUUAGAAAUUGGGCAGAGGAUUUUUGACGUGGCCGAUAUCUAUUCUCCCCUGGAUAUUGUCUCGCUGGAAACGCUGUUAGCUAAAUUCGCUAGCAGAGAGCAGCCGCGCUCCCGAGUGAGCAGUUUCGCAUCGCCACGAGUUCUCGUUGAGAAUACGUCGAUUAGUCCGACGAAAGAGCGGAGAACCGCUUGGAUACCUGAUCGCCGCCGACCAUCUGUCGGAUCCAUGGAUAGCUAUUACUCCGCCGCGGAAAAUCACCGAGAAGACGAUGAUUCCAACGAAAAGGAUGUGAUGAAAGAUAUGGAUAAGGUGUCCGUCGCAGCGCUGUCGCAGGUGACCAUUUCCACCAUUUCCAUGGCGCCGGAUCAGGCACCGGUGCCUAUAACUGUAUCCAACUUCCCGGUGAAUCUGCACGCACAGUUUUCCAAGAAGACCCAUGAAUCGCCGCUGUUAAUGGCGGGGUAUGUGCCACAAAUUCCGUUAUGGCAGCGGAGUGUGAUCAAUGUGACGAUUGGAGGGAGUUCGACUAGUUCAGGCGAUGCGUCGCCAAAGUUCUCCUUUUACUUGCCGAAUUUGGAGAAAGUUAAGGGUGGACUGGAUGUAUCAACGGCGUUCCGCCCGAAGCAGGGAGGGUAUGGAAAACUAGGAAAACUGAAAGUGCCAAGGCACUACAGGAGUCAGUCGUCGCAGUUGUCUGCCGGAUCUCGUUUUGUUGCGUUCGGGUCGGACAAGGAUUUGUCGAAUGUGAAAGGACCUGCCAAAGUGACCAUCAAUAUUGUUGGCAACACUGAUCUGAUGGUUACGCCUAUUUCGUGCGAUGCUUUGCUACCGAUGAUUCAUUCCCUGGAUCAGCACAUUUCCGAACUGCGUCCGGUGUCCUUCUUAAACGGAAUGUACAACGCGUGUGUAUCGAAAGCAAAAGCAUUACAUCGAUUUGACAUGGACAAGAUCAUGGUGGCGAAAAUCUUCGAAAACCUCCAUCAAAAGCCCAACGAAACACCGGUUAUAGCCGAAGCCCGGCGAUUUCGUGCACUUCUGUCGCGUGAUGCGGACAAGCCCAGCGGCAUGCAGAGCGCCGCCGAGUCCACCAGUACACCCAGGCCCGAUUUGUUAACGGUUCCUAUGAAUCCCGUGAAAGCAGCGCCAUCGCCGACGGCGGGGCUUUUGUUCGGAGAUCAACCUUGGGUGGAGCGGAAGUUUGUGCAUGAACAGUUCAACAUAAAUAUGGACCAGAUAAAUUUGGUCACUUUACAAUGCGGCAUUGUUGAGGAGGUGGUGGAGCCUAAAGCGCUGGAGAAUCCCCGCGAUUUAAUCUGCGUCUCGGUCUUCGCUGGCAGCCUGCGUUCCCUGUCAGCAGUGUAUGUGCGGCGCCGCCAGGUGACGUAUUCCGCCAAGGUGUAUGUGGAUCGUCGUGUCAGUCGCCCGCCGGUUCCACAUGACCGCAAAACACCGGUCGAACCGCUAUCGCCGCUGAGUGGCAUCUUUGACCUGCCGGAUAUUGUGGGAGCGGAAUCCAAAACCGACAAGGUGACGGAUAGUCUGGUGUCCAUGUCGGUGCAGACGGCACAUUUCCAGCUGCGGCGAUUGCGCCAUUCGGAGAUCUGGAGAAAGGCCAGAAUUACGUGUAUCGGCGAGAAUAAGUCCGGGACAUGGUUUGAUUAUAAUCCUAGAGCAUCACCUGUGGAUGAGAAAUCACCCUAUCAGAAAAUUUUCUCAGACCUAGUCGGAACGGAUCAGACCGGGUUUAUCGUGUUGGAGAUGGGUGUCGAUGACGUGAGGAUUGAAGGUGGCGGCCGCACGGAAAGCGACGAACAUCUUGAUCAUAAUGUCGUGGAAGCGGCUCACGAAGCCAAGAAGAUUCCAGAAGAGCCGGUGGUUCGACCGCCAUCAAAAAUGGACGCGGCAAAAGACGGCGAGACGGAUAGCCGUCAUUCCGGUGGUUCCGCCCAUACUUUCAUUGCCCAUCCAAGCGAUGAGGAGCCGGAGGAAGAGAAUUUUUCUCCGGACAUCGUUUUCAAACUGUCAGCGACGAUUGGCGGAUGCUGGUUGAAUUGUCCUACUCCGUCCAAGAAAUUGUCGGUUGAACACGUCAGUGUUCCUGACACCCAGUUGCGAGGGUUUACCAGAUGGGAUUGGCAUUUCCUGAGCACUGCUAACCCAAUGGUGGACGCCUGGUUGCACCCGUUAGACCGCACCAACGUCGCGCUGAAAUCCAUGACCGCCAAUCGACACCGUAACGAAAUCAUCCUGUCAUCGUACUUCCUCAUCGCCUCCGUUAACGACCACAUCCUAUCCAAAUCGUCCAAACCGAAACUGGCGCGUCACACGCUGAAAAGCCGCGUACUGCAGGAAGACUGCUGUUCGCGUCUGUCGCGUAUUCUUCAGCGCCACGGGCUGAGCUUAAGCCGUGAUGACAUGGAGAGAGAAUUCAAGAAGGAGCUAAUCCCUCCCAUCAACAUCCUGGAGAAAGGCAUCUCCGUUCUCUUCAAGCAGCUGCGCUUCACACCGUUCGCCCGCGUUUUAAUGGAACCGCAGUAUCUCGUGCAGAAGGUGAAACCGGUGUUUAAGUCCCGCGAUCCGGCCACCCUGGACAGCAGUGUGACGCGGCUGGUGGAUGAUCUGGAUGUGACGAUGGAUGGCACAGGAGAGGAUGAGAUGUUUGUCGGGGGAGAUCAGCCGCGACAGCAUCCAGAGUCACCAUAUCCGCCAUUGGAGCAGGAUCUAAAUAAAUGGAUCGAUGCCGGCAACCGAGUGACCAAUGUGAAACCGGUUGUCUCGAAACCGGUGGCUCCGCAGAAAGCGAAAGAUGACCAGGAAGACAGUGAUUCUCCGUAUGAAGACGUGGAGUUUGGUGCUGACGGGACGGCAUCUCAGGUGAGCGUGGAAAAUAUUUUCGGACCCUUACUGGAACAUCUGGAAAUGAAAAAGAAAUCCACAGUUUCCGUUCUGAAGAAAUUCGUUGGCUUUCACGCUAGUUUAACCGGACGAUUAGACACCGUGAACAUAAGUCUUGUUGAAUCAGUGGAAUUCGACGCCGGUGGGAUACUGUUAUCAUCGAAAGAUUCAUUUGGAAAAAUCACCGCUUUCCGCAGCAUGCUGCUCACGGCCACUUCCGAGAUUCUCCUGGACAUUCCGCUAAAAGCGCUGGAUCUGUUUAUUCCGGACUACCGCGAACGCUUUUUGCUGACACACCGCACCAACCGGAUCUCCGUUGUAACUUACAAAUUCGACGUCGCAGAAGUGGCCCAAGCGGUCAGUAUGCCGCUGUUGCGGUUGCUGGCGCAGAUUGGCUCCGUUAUUACCAGCAUGCAGCGGGUGCGUGCCAAUCUCAAAAAGAACUGGCCGGAUGUGGAUAAGAAAGGCCACCGAAAGACCGAUUCAACGUCAACCAGUGGCUCGGGAACGUCCCGAUCUGAUUCACCAGCUCAACCACGCGGUCGGGUCAAUGACAAUUACGCCGACUUCAUCGUGCCCGAAUCAUCCAGGCACUGGAAAGACCUGAUGAUGUUGAUGGAUCUGUACGAGAAGCCGGCGGAGCAUCGGAUUAUCGAUGAAACCAAAUCCAGGAACCGGCGCAUAUCCAGUUACGGGCCGAACCGGCUGAAAGGGACACGAUUCUCCUUCCGCCGGACGAAACGGAAUAGCACGAGUGAUGUCGUGUCGUCGUCGGUGCACCAGUCAGAAGAGGCACCGGAAUCACCGGCCCAGGAGAGGAAGGUUAUCGACGGUGAGGUGGACAGCGAAGCGGAGAGUGAGAUUGACAAUGUGGAGACGCCGGGGCCGGCCACAGCGGCGCACACGGUGGUCGAAGCAGCGGCUGAGCGACGAAUCAGGAAAACUAUUCGUUAUGGUACUACUUUCGCUGUAUGUGGCACGGCAUCCAUCCGCGGCAUGACAUUCGAGGCUUCACUACGCGGUCUGACCUUCCAAGCCGUGUUAUCCGCAUUUUCCUUCAAUCACAACCACGCCUCGCGGCAGUCCCGCUACAACACCCUGGAAGAAUGCUACUACCAGAUGCGAACGGGGCAGUUAUCCAUACAGCUGGUGCAGAAAAUGGGACACAAGCCGCAGUUAUAUCUCGGCGUGGGGCUGGGUUCAUCGCAACUGGUCUAUUCCACUUCGGUGCGGAAUAAAUCGCAGCUGAAUCAGCGGACGUUAUGCAUCAGGAUGGGCGAACUGCAUUUCUCCGUUCCCCAUCAUCCUAUCACGCUGCACGCCAUGAUUGUCAGAGGAACGGAGGAUCUUACCGACGCUAUGGAGGAUUUAAAAGCUACCGCUGGAAUUAAACUAGAUUCGGAAGAGGGCAAAUCCGAUACCGGCAGCACCAGUGCCAGUGAAACCACCGUCCCUCUGUCCAAAUCGGCCACCAGUGUGAAAUCAUCGCAUCAUCACCAUAAACAAGUCGGUCAGUUUCCCAUCAAAGCCACGGUGUAUGUUAAGAAACUCAUUAUCACCGCGGCGCCGCUACCAUCUUUGGAAGCCAGUUACGAGAUUUCGAAAAUUAUGGCGCACGGCUCUAUCGGUAACAUCACCCUGAUGCACUUCGAUAUCGGCCCGCAAGAUCUGGUCUUCAAGUCCAAAAACGAGGACAUCGAAUCUUCGGCGAACGUCCAGUUGCCUGCUGUGUAUGUCAAGUGUUCAUACGAAGUUCUGCCUCCCGUGAAAGUCCGCUUUGAGGACGAACAACUAACGGAAUUCAAAGACGCGCACGCUUUGUACAUCACGGCGCGUGUUGGUUCACCGGACUACACUUUUGGCACGGAUGCCCUGAAAUACACGGUCCUCUUCCAGAAAGUCUUCAUGAAAGAGAUCGAGGACGUUCUGGACGCCUUAUCACAACCCAUCAGCCAGCAGCAAUUCCGUCUAUCCCUACCGAAAAAGAAAUUCGCUCUGCCGUUCUUCCAUCAGGUCAACCUCCAACAGGACGGCAUCCGCAUCACCGGCACCACGCCCACAUCGAGCGCGGUGCGGCUGGAGAUCGACAAGACCGCCAUGUACAUCUCCAACAUUCCCAAGAGCGCGCAGCCGCAGAGUGUCACGGAUCUGCAGCAUUCUACGGUGGUGUCGGUGCAACUGGAUGUGGGGAUUUGUCUCGGGCAGUUGGUGAAAGGCGAACAGCAGCAGGUGUAUGAGGAGGCCGAGAUGGAUUUUCAGCCCUGUGCGCAUUUCCGCACCCGGAUGACUUUUACGAAUUAUGGGGAAGGACCGUUGGAGGCGCUGUUGCAGGGGUAUGAUGAGCGGAUCCGGAGGAAGCGGAUUGUGGCCCAUCUCAGUCAGCCUCGUAUUUAUUUUCAACCGCGAGCGGUGGAUAUGGCGGUCAUUUUCUACAUCAACUAUAAGAACGCUUACGAUUACUGGUACGAACAACGACACGGGCCAGUAAUCUCUCAGUCCGGUUCGCUCACCCGCAUCAAGAAAACAUCUUCCGCCCAUUUACCGCAUGUCGCUCAGCGCGCCAUCCAGUCCAUCCAAGAGAGUAUCUACGUUGUGGAAUUAUUCAUUUCCCAACUAUAUGUGUGCAUGCCGCUGCCCUCGGGCCAGAUGAAAAGCGGGUCGAGUGAGCGGGAUUCCGACAUGGCGCUACUGAUCUCCUUGGAUCGCACCAAAGUCCGCGCGGUCCUGGCCGAUUCCAUCAUUACGUCGGGGAGUUUUGAUCUGUUCCGCUUGUGCUUCACGGAAGAUCACGGUCCACAGUAUGAUUAUUCCGGACGACUGGAUGAUGGGUUUACCAACUGCUGUUUCGUGCCGAAAGGCUACGUGGAGGUCACGUCCAGAACGACCAAAAAAGAGACCACGGAAAGCGGACUCCCAAAGUGGGAUCUGUACUUCAAAUGGGAUAUGAAUGGUAUUGAAAUGCACAUGGAUCCGGCGAUCGGUAAAAUCAUCUCGAAUUUAACCGACGCGGUGACAUCCUUUACCGGGGAAGAGUCGGAAAGCAACACCGAUCCUUUACCUCCGUUAUCGAGCAGCGAAGACGUCUUCGGCCCCAAACACCCGAAACACCGCACCAAACUGAUGGAGAAGCAGAUGCAGAUGCACGCCAAAAUCUUCAACGAAAUGCAGCAGAGCGAGGGUGCAUCCAGCACAGAUAUCCAAAAUGAAGCGGAGAAGCUGAAGCGCAUUGAACAGGGCAUUGUGCAUGAACUGCGGCGGGAUAUCGUCAAUCGUAUCCGGCAGAAGAGUAUCAGUUCACGCGGCUCCGUCGCCGAUUACCGGGCGCAUCGCCGCACCAGCUCCACACCGCAGAGCGAUUUGUCACCCACGACACCGGAUGCUGAAGCAGCGCAUUCGAGAACGUUUUCCGCGGAUAUGGCUGCGAGAAAGACACCCAGCAACAUUCCUUUAAGUCCACGGCUCUUGCCAUCAAGACGGAAAAUCUCCCAGGAGCCGCUGAAGGAAGAAUUGUCUCCGCGGAGCUCCAAUGCGCCGGAAGCCGAACAGGCGUUCGAUUUCGACUUCACCAUCCUCAUCAACAUCGAAAGCGGCCACUGUACGUUCUAUUGCGGACCGGACAAGAAGAAGGCAUCGCAGAGAUCAGGUGAUAAUUCUCUGGGUGGAAGUUCCCCAGCACGACGCGGAAGCGAUUUCAAUCGGCGCAACAAUCUGACACCCGUUUGCACUUUAUACAUACCAGGUGUUAACCUGGAGAUGCAGUACGAAUCGGAUGCCAGCACCGGUAUGAAGGGAACGGAAGGCAAGAUCAUCGCUAAGGGAGCACGUUCACUACGUCCCAUGCUGAGCGGUUCGAGUUUGGAAGUCAACAGUGAGACCAAAGUGGGCCGCAAUGCAGGAGCGUUGCCGCGCAAGAAAGGCAAUCUCUUUGCCACCUUCAGCUUGGAGAGUUUACCAGCGGAGACAGUUCUGACCCCACAGCUGUUGGAUUUUCUGGAGCAAGCGCUGGAGCCGAUUCCCGUCAUGGCGCAGCCUGUUCUGAAGACUAAGGAACCUCCGCCCGUUGAGGAAUCGGAUUCGGAAUUACAAGUUGCUUCAGACGAAUCGUGGGGUUUCGAGUCAGCCAUGGAAUCGUUCCCCGUGGACAUCUUCGUGCUGUUCAUGAUGAACUCCACCAAGAUUCGCUGCAGCUGCCUCCCGGUAUCCAAAGUGGAGGGCGUGCUGACCCUGCCUUCGUUGAGCAUGAUGGUGUCCACGCGCAAGUACAAUCAGCUGGUCGACUUGGAUAAAGUGCGCAUUAAACCCGAGAGCGUGCUGAGUUCCGGUCGGCCGGUGCUGGAGACGUUGGACGAGAUGCUGCACCAGAUGGGUCCUGAGUUUCGGCUGCCGGAUUUCGUCGAUCGAUUCGAAGAGCACGCUGGUCUGGGUUUAUACGGAAAUUUGUCUGGAUUCUCCCUUGUGAUUUUCCAUCCGUACGGAACGGUGGCGGAAUCGGCUUAUUACGAUGCACCCGGCGAACGAAACGUAAAAACCUCGGCGCACGGUGUUCCGGAUAAGCGCGAAUUAGUCCGCUUGGAAUUGGACCGUUUGCACGUGGAAAUCGUCCGGUCCAAGUCCCUCGUCGACGAUUUUGCCAUGACCCCGGAAAAAGACGCGUUCUACAGUGCCAACAGCAUCGAAUUUUCUGCAAGUAUUUCCGUUGGCAAGACCACCUUCUGGUAUGAUUUGCGGCGGCUGGGUGAGAUCUUGGCGUUCCCAAAAGCAUGGUAUCGGCGAUCCAUCGCCCGGCGAUUUUUUCUCGGCGAAGAAGCGGCUGAUGCUGCCAGUACGACUUCGUCCAUCUCUGUGGAUCCAAAUGCCAAGGACAGUGAAGAACCAUACGAACUGAAUAAACCGCCCCGCAAGAGCAAAGAAAGCGGCGCAUCGAGUGUCGGUGGGGAAGAAACAGUACUUCCUUGGAAGACGUUGGUGCUCGUUGGAAUCAAAGUUUCGGCGCUGGAUUUCAACGUCAACAUGGGCAAUGUCAUGGGAAAUACUGUGUUGUUGGUGGAGGACAUCAAUUGUGUGGGACGAUUUUCCGCCGCCAGUGAUGGGCAUUCGGAUAUUUUUGCGGCUGUAGUGGCGACCAAUCUGGAUUUAAACAGUCGCGGUGGUGUAGUCGGCGGUGGCUCACACUGGAAGAAGUCGCAGUUAUACGCGCAUAUUCGUAACGAGGUGGGCGCUCCACCGAUGCACGCAUUCGGCUGUCUGAUGAGUUCGGCGGAGAGCAAAUUGGAGUACAUGGGAGCGAUCAGCGCCCUGGCGCGGAUGAGUAAAAUGAAUGUCCGUGUCCGGGAUACAUGGGCGCUCCAGACGCAGGAUUACCGCAGUGGGCCGAAAUUAUCAGCGGCGGUGAACUGCAGCUGGGAUCAGAUGCAGAUGAUCAUCUGCAGCGCCUCCACUUCUCACGUUGUUAAGUCCAUCGUCCGUGUUACGGAAUUCUUUGAAGAGCAGCUGAAAAGCAGUCGCCAAUUCAUCUCCAAACUGAACUUUGCCGGACCGGUGCCGCAGCGACGCCGCAGCUCCUUGUCCAAGUCGGCCACCAAAGAAGCCGUGGCGUCUCUGGAUUCACGGUUUCAUCGGCAUUGGCAGCGACCGUUGGAGUUUCUGCGGGGAUACAGACUGAAGAAUGUCCCACUGGCGCCGUUUCCCAUGCUGGGUGGAUUGCUAAAGGGCGAUGUGCAGAUGAACGGGCGGAAUAUUUCCUUGGCGUGUUUUUAUGGAAAUAGUUUCCGUGGUAAAUCCUGGGCGAGGUUCAGUAUAAAGGAACCGCGUUUGGCCAUUACCAGCGAGGCCAUCGAGAGUUUCCGCAACGGAGAGAAGUUGGUGGAUGUUGUACAAGUGAUGGCAUUUAAUCUGGGAAAGGAUGAUGCCGCCCCCUUUGCCGCCACCGUGGCCCGGGUGACCUGCAAUAAUCCUCCGCCGCUGCUGAAUCUCCCGGAUUGGUUUGAGUUCAUGUUUAUGAACAGCGAUAUCGACGAAAUCGGUCGCUUUCCCACGACGCACUCACAGAAACUGAACACUUUCGAGGAUAUGAAGCUGAAUAUGACGAUUGAAACGAUUCUGGCGCUGCCGUUGAUCGUCAUCGGACUGCGGUCGGAGCACGUCCAGACGGAGACGAUUCCCGAUGAAUCGACGCAUCCGCCGGUAUCAUGCAAUUUCACCUGUGAUUUCGGUGCACCCAUCUCCAUUGAUAUGGGAGAUUCACAGGCAUUCUACUUCCUGCACCAGUUGAUCAAUUCCUACAUCGCCAACACAGACGCGGAAUCACAAACCGGAAGCAAACGCGAAGUGCCUAAUCCAACGGAAGUCCUCAAGGAAGACGCACGCCGCUUCCAGGUCAAUGAAUGGUAUCUGCAGCCGAGUUUCAAAUUACUGCAGCGUAUCGGACGGGACAUUGAGACGAUCGGCGUGGAGCGCGUGAUGAACCGACUGGGAUUCGCCCAGGCCCAGACGACCAUUCCUAAAUGGAUCCAGCGCGGCCUGGUCGAUCCCGUCGACAAGGGACUGGCCGCGCUCAUGCUCUUGCUGAUGAAAAACUCCAAACAUGACCGCGUAUGAAUCUGAAGCGGUGGUUGUGGGAAAGAUGGAGCGAAAUCAUUCCGUUUUGCGGUGUUUGUUUGAUAUUUUAUUGUGUUCACUAUUCACCUUUUGCUCAUUGGCAGUCUCUUCGGGUUUUAAUUGUUCAGUCAUUGUUUUUGAUCUCCUUAUGAGUUUUAUAGUUAAAUAUUUCCUGCUCUGGCAAUGGUGUCUUUUUUGGCAGGCUGCGAUAUCUGUUGGCAGGAAUCGGUACUUGUUAAAUUAAAAAUGAAUAGUAUGCCUUUAAUUUUGAAUAUUUGACAGUCUGAUUCUGACUAAUUCGACCUUAUAACUUAUGUCGUAUCGCUAUGCUUUCGCUGUGGUAUUAUAU